AUGAUCUCCAAUUCUACUCUUUCGCCGUUCAGUAUUCAUGGACACCCUGACUUCAUCAAUUUUGAAUUUUCGUUUUUCACAAUUCCCAUGCUACUCACUAUAACCCCCAUUUUAUAUAUUCCGGCUACUUUUGUUGUAGUUUCACGUAUUUUUUCAAAAUUGUUUGGCGAAUUUCGAGAUAAACAUGUUAAUUUGCAAUUAUUGGGUGUCAUUAGUUUAUCUAACUUUAUGAGCAUCCUAUUCUUUGUCUCCGAGUUCUUAUACCUCCGCCUCCCAAUGACUGGAUUGCUCACAAACUGGUGUGCAAGUGUGGAGCCAAACGGGUACCUGAUAGUUCUGACAGUGACCACGUACUAUCUCAACUACUCGCUUAUGCUUUUCCCAUUUUUGGUGGCUCUGCUCAGACUCAAUUUGAUAGUUUUUCCAUCGCAACAUCGAAAGAUAAAUGAAACAAUUCUCAAAAUUUCCAUUCCAAUAGUUUUCAUUUACCCAUUUUUCUUCACUUUUUUCAUGUUCACCGGAUCGGGAUACUGUACCUAUAUGGACUAUUUCUUAUCAUCCGGAGCUUUGGUUAUGCGAAUCACUGAGACAUUAUUUGGGAUAACUAAUACAUAUCCUUUGAUGUUUAAUACAUUUUUCUGGUUUUCGACUUCCUUCACUAUAAAUUUAAUUUUAAUAUGGAAGCUUAUUCAUUAUAAGCUCACACUGAGUGCUCAUGCAAAAUCGCAAAAACCUCAUAAAGCAGAGAUUUCCCUAACAUUGACCACUAUCUCUAUGACAUGCUCAUAUUUGACAAAUGGAAUGAUUACGAUUUGCGGACUCUUUUUCCCAAGGGUUGUCCUGUAUCUCAUUGUACUCCGGCCGUUUACAAAUGAUUUGGAGAUUUGCCUUGUUCCUUGGGUACUGUACUUAACGCAUCCAAUUUUUGUAAAGAAAAAGGAAUCUGAUAAUAUUAUCCUAGUUUCCAGUGUUGAGAAGCUUCAGGCCUAG